AUGGAGGUGCUGCAGCAGAUGCGUUCCCCUCGCCUCUCCUUCAUCCAGACGCUGGUGUCCCUCUUCCUGGGCGGCACGGCCCUCAUGUCCUCCUACUGGUGCGAGGGCAGACAGAAGGUUCCCAAGCCGCUGUGCACGGCCACCAAGCACACCAGCUGCAUCCCCGUCCCCGGUGUCUCCAACCACAACAUCCAGUUCUCCUGGGAGACGGGGGACGACCGCUUCGUCUUCCCCACCUUUCACACCGGCCUGUUCGUCACCUGUGAGGAAAACAUCUAUGCAGACUCAUGGGAGGAGAAGUGCCGAGGGUUUUACACUCUCACCCCCCGAUCUGAGAAAGCCAUGCUGUGGUUUUCUCUGUCCCUGGAGCUGAUGUACGUCGGCCUGCUGCUGAUCAGCUGCACGCUGCUGUCGGUGCAGCUGGGCCUGAGGGCCUGGUGCCCCUCCACCCAGCGCUGGGGACAGCUGCUCAACGCUUUUGCGGCUGUUUUCACCGUCCUGGGAGGUCUGCUCGGGAUGGUGGGUCACAUGAUGUUCAUGCAGGUGUUUCAGACGACGGCCACGAUGGGACCAGAGGAUUUCAAACCUCACAGCUACGGCUACUCCUGGGCGUUCUACGUGGCCUGGUUCGCCUUCACCGUCUGCAUGUCCGCCGGCGUCUCCACCCUCAACAACUACACCAAGAAGGUCCUGAUGGAGGGACCCCGGCCGCUCUUCAACGCCUGGACCUUCAGCUCCGUGGGGCUCCUGCCACCGGCUCCUUACUACGCCCCCCCGAACGCCGCCAUCAACCUGGCCUCGCCCCCGUCACCUCCCCGGAUCUCCCACCUGUCUCCCUACUACGAGCCGGCGUCCACCAAGUUGCCGGCCUCCGCGUCGCGGCUCAUGUACUCCCGCUCGCUUCCUCUCCCCCACUCGGGGUCCUUCCCUCCUCACCCCUCCAACCCAGCCCCUGCGUCUCCGUUCCAUCGCCUGUCCCUCCCGUCGACAUCUCCAUCCCCCGUGGCGUGCGUGUCCGUGCGCAUGGCGCUGCCGGCACACAGGGAACUUCCUUUCGAACCCGGGGACGACUACAGCCCGCUGUGA